UUGAUCGCAGACACCCAAAGGAUCCAUACCCAGAAAGAGGCACCAUCAAUUUGAGGACACAUUUAGUGUGCAAGAGUCAACUUCUUUCAGUGGCAGCUGCUCCGAGACUUGAGUGUCUGCAGCAACAGGAAUUUUAAAAUGAGGAGCAGGCGUGCUCAGCAGAAUCUGCCCCCUAAUGAGGCCCCUCUGAUGCUCCUGCUUUUCUUGUUGCUGGGGUUACGAGCCGCCGCUGUGUGCCCCGCUGCCUGCUCCUGCAGCCACAGGAAGGCAGACUGCUCCCGGCGGGGCCUCCGAGAGCUGCCCGACGGCCUCCGGGCCGACCUGCGAGGCCUCAACUUGUCCCACAACCGAGUCGACAACCUGGAUGGCGGGCUGGCUUCCUACAAGCACCUCCGCGUACUUGACUUGUCUCGCAACGGCCUGAGCCGCUUGCCGGAGCGCUUGCCUCGUUCGCUCUGGCAGCUGCACGCCGCCUCCAACCGCAUCCGCCUCCUGGACAAGAACGACACGGUGCUCCAGUGGAACCUGAGGUUGCUUGACCUCUCAGACAACGAGCUGGAGAGGACCGUUUUCAUCAACAACACUCUGAUCAAUCUAUGCGUGCUCAACUUGAGCCACAAUCACCUCUGGACUCUGCCCACCAACAUGCCUUCACGCCUGGAGAUCAUCGACAUCUCCCAUAAUUGGCUUGUAAAGACGUUGCCAGGUUCACUGGACCGACUUCCCAGAUUGACCUUCUUCUAUCUUCACACAAACCGCCUCUCCAAUCUCCCCUUUGGAGUGUUGGACAAGAUGACUUCCCUAACAGUGCUCACUCUGGGCAACAACCCUUGGGCCUGUCACCUUAAGGCGGACAUGAACUACCUCCUCUCCUGGGUGCAGCAUACCCCCGCCCUGAUCCUGGGCUGCCCGUGCCGCACUAACCCCAUCUGUGGAGGAGCGCACUCAGGUCAGGCUGGAGGGUGGACCCUAAACAACAACUUCCACGCAAAAGACUCCGGCUCAAAUGUCACCACAAUGAAAGUCCCCCCUGCUACUUCCGGUCCAGCUUCACCCCGUGUGUGCCCCCACAGCACCGCAGCCUCAUCCAGUAGAAUAUUCACCACUAACAGACCCAUCUGGACGACAGACCACUUCCCGAAAACUGACAGCAUCUUCAUCCAAACCAAGAAGAUAAGCACAAAAAAUGUUAGGAGGCAGAAUGACUCCUCUUCAACACUUACUGACUCUUCUUUAAUCCUUCUCCUGCCCACUAUGGUCUUUCUGUGUCUCACUCUGCCGUGAGACUUGUUCCACAUCAACUACAGCGUUUGAAAAAAGUUACACAAUGUCUCGCCUCUUGGCUUUUGAAAUAACUACAGACUCAAUCGGUGAUCAUGUUACAGUGGGGGGAAACAGUUUAGCAACAUAUUUUUAUAAUUUCAUAGCUGCUAGGUGAAUUGAGGGGUGGAUCUUAUCUAAUGCAAUUAAUGCGUUUUGGUGUCUGCUCGCAUUUCUUUUCAAGAAUAUGAAAAAAAGCUUCUUGCAAUAUGCUUUUUCAUGCGUCUGCAAAAUUGUAGCGCAUCUCCUUUAAGAAAGUGGGUCCCAUUCCACCGCUUUUAAAAUGCACACAAAAAUUGGUACAUGUCUGCUGCAUGUUUCAAAACCUAACAAAGCGCCCCAGUUCGGAGCAUUAUAAUGUGAAUGUGCAGUGAAUUAGAUUUAGACUUGGACUUCCUUUUAUUUUCAUUCAAAUUUGAACUUUACAGUACAGAUAAGAACCAAAUUUCGUUGCAUUAGCUUUUUGUAGUGCAGGCUAAAAGAUAAAUAAGGUGCAUAUAUAAAUAAAUAUAUUACUGUACAGAUAAAUAUAUUGCACUUUUGCAUAUGCAUCCACGUUUAUGGAUGCAUGUUAUAUUGUCUUUAUAUUCCAGCGAGUUUUUAAUCCAUUUUUGUGGAAAAUUGAGGGGAUUAUUAUGAUGCAUGUGUGGAUUAUUAUGAGGGGAUUAUUACAAUGCGUUCAAGAGCGAAGCCGUUACAAAACCUGGAAGUUCUGCUAAGGAGGCUGUGAAACUUCUUUCUAGAGUCCAGCAGUGAAAAUAGUCCUUGGUGGGGGUGGGAGGAGUCUCUACAGAUUUUCUGAGCCCUGGUCAGGCAGCUGCUUUUUGCGAUUUCCUGGAUAGGAGGAAGAGGAGUCCGGAUGAUCUUUUCCGCCACCCUCACCACUCUCUGCAGAGACUUCCAGUCUGAGGCACUAAAAUAUUUUGUGACAUUUGUUAUUUCAAAUAUAACUUUUAGUGAUGUUUUGUUUUCGCCAGAUGAGUCAGUGGAAUAGUGCGAGAUCGUGGUCUGAGGUUUGAACCCCACUCCCCCAGGUACCUCUCUUCAGCAGGCUCCCACGGCCGUCCAGGCUGCAGUUCCAGUGCUAAAUGAGUGUCUCCAUGGUGAAAGCCAGGUAGUACACGCAAAAUCAUCAUUUAAAUAAGGCUGUCCGCACCAGUUUUCACUUGUAAUUAGUAGGUCACACACAUGCAGACCCACGAAACGUAUACGCAAUUUAUUGUGUUAUUUGGAUCUUAGUAGAUCAGGCCCAUGGCCUACAAAAACCUUUGGCGAAAAAAGAAUCCAAAGGAAAGUGGGGCAUAUGAAAACCGAAGUACCACGGUAUAUCCACUGAAGAGACUAUACUGCAGAUAUAAAACUUAUACGUACUUUAGAGACAGGGAUUAGUACCUUUUACAUUUGAACUGACAUGGUACCUGGGAAUUGAAACUGAUACGCAACGGUACUUAUUUUUGGUACUUUUUUGUGUGUUAAUGAAUGCUAACUUUUUAAUGUUAAAAUCUUUAAUUUUUAAAAAAAUCUAAGUUAGGGUUCACCUGAUACCAAUCUGUUUGAUACAGGUCGCAAAAUGUAUGUAGAUACUUUUCAAAAUAAAGGGGACCACAUGUCAUGAUUGGCUUUAUUUUAACAUAACAUUUUAUGAUACAUCAAACAUACAUUUGUUAUUGCAAUUAAAGAACAAUAUUGUCCUUAAAUAAAAUAGUGAACACGCUAGAUAACUUGACUUUGAGUAGUAAGUAAAGGUUCGUAAUUUGGGCGCUGACAUGUGCAGUAACAUAUUGUGUCUAUUCCCAUUUUAUUAUUUUAUCAAAAUUAGGAGGGACGGCAUGGCUUGGGUGGUAGAGCGACUUUGCCAGGAACUUGAGGGUUCCAGGUUUGAUCCUAGUCAUUGCUGUUGUGUCCUUGGGCAAGAUAUGUUACCCACUUGCUCCCAGUGCCAUCCCACAUUGGUUUACAUAUAACUUAGAUAGUGGGUUUAACUAUGUGAAGUGCUUUGAGUCACUAGGGAAAAGCGGUGUAAAAAUAUAAUUCACUUCACUUUUGUAGAAAAUUUAUUAUUAAUCUACUUUUUAUUGACUGUCACUAGCUGCUUACUUUCUACAUUUCUGUUAAAAUGUAAAACAUCACUUAUUCUUCUGUUGUUUGGAUACUUUACAUAUUUUUUUGCUGAUACUACAAAUCCAAUACCAACUAGUUACAGGGUCAUAUAUUGGUAAUAGUCAAGUUCUUCUUUGUCCAAGGACGUUUUUUUAUACUUUUCCCCUUUUGUCUCCACAUAUGUCUGCUAUUGAGUACGCCAUCCGUCCAUUGCCUAACAUGCGCCUCUCUUCAUUUUACCAGAAAUGUUACGUCGUUAGGAGAAAAAAAAGUAUAAGUAUUUCUAGAAGCAGUAUCGUACCAUUUUUAAUUUAUUAUUACCUACCGCCUGAAUGCACUGAGAUUGGCUCCAGCACCCCCCGUGACCCCGAAAGGGACAAGCGGUAAAAAAAUGGAUGGAAAUGAUAGACCAGUGUUUUUCAACCUUUUUUGAGCCAAAGCACAUUUUUUCAUUGAAAUAUCUUGGAGGCACACCACCAGCAGAAAUCAUUAAAAAAUGAAACUCAGUUGACAGCAAAAAGUCGUUGUCGCAAUUGUUAGAUAUGACUUUAAAGCAUAACCAAGCAUGCAUCACUAUAGCUCUUGUCUCAAAGUAGGUGUACUGUCACCACCUGUCACAUCACACCCUGACUUAUUUUGACUUUUUUUUGCUGUUUUCCUGUGUGUAGUGUUUUGGUUCUUGUCUUGCGCUUCUAUUUUAGUGACUUCUCCUGUUAUGUUGGUAUUUUCCUGUAGCAGUUUCAUGUCCUCCUUGAGCGCUAUUCCCCGCAUCUCUUUGGUUUUAGCAAUCAAAAAUAUUCAAUAUGUUGCUAUCCGUCUUUGUGGGGACAUUGUUGAUUGUCAUGUCAUGUUCAAAUGUACUUUUGUGGACGCCAUCUUUGCUCAACACGCUGUAAGUCUUUGCUGUCGUCCAGCAUCCUGUUUUUGUUUACUUUGUAGCCAGUUAAGUUUUUGUUUUGUUCCCUAAGCUUCAAUGCCUUUUCUUAGGGGCACUAACCUUUUGUUUAUUUUUGGUUUUAGCAUUAGAUCGCUUUUUACCUGCAACCUGCCUCCCACUGUCAUCUGCAGUUUGGGAUCACGACAAACCAUGUUUCGACAUCUACAAAGCAAUUAUCUACCUGCUGCCACCUACUGAUAUUGAAGAGUAUUGAUGAGUUUUUUCUUGAGCCCCUGUGUGGGAUUUCAGCCGAGGAUGUUGUUGUGGCUUUUGUAGCCCUUUGAGACACUCGUGAUCUAAGGCUAUAUAAGUAAACAUUGAUUGAUUGAUUGAAGAGUAUACAUUGUUACUCUUCCAAUCUCUAGACAGCACCAACACUCAACAACACAUCAUUUGCAGACUAUAAUUACUGGUUUGCAAAAAAUAUUUUUUACCCCAAAUAUGUGAAAUUACAUAAUCUCCCACGGCACACCAGACUGGUGCCGCGGUACAGUGGUUGAAAAACACUGGGAUAGACGGAUAGUACCACAGUACUUUAUAUAGUACAACUGUACAACCGCCCUCCCCUUCUCCCGCCCCUCAUCCCUGAGAUGGACAAUUGGUUGAAAAUGGAUGGAUGAAUAUAUUUUCUCACUUGCAAAGUAUUAUAUAGUAGACUUUGCAUACAGUUGCAAUUCCAGGAUGUUAGGUUGUAGUAGUGUACGCACUACGGUGUGUUGUCUAGCUCAGAAGUAGUCUUUGCCAUAAGGCUGGAUGUCUUCUUAUGUUGUCCAAUGCAAAGUGUUUCCUGUAAGUAUUGUACCUAUUAAACACAGUCUGUUUGAUUUUAACAUACUUCUUAAUCGGAGUUUUCACUACCAGGUUUAGAGGUGUUGAAAUCGCCACGUAAAAUUGCUAAUAUUAAUCAGUUUCUAGUUUAGUCUUUAUUUGAAGGGAAAAUGCACAGAAACAUUAAACUCCAAUACAUGUAUGUUCUGCACCAGAUUAUAGCUAAAUAGCUAAUUUCUAUCUGCAGUCCCUGGCUACUUAAAUUAUAGAGAUACAAAAAAACAUGCAAUAAAAUCAUAACAAUAAAAUGAUACUAUAGCAUGUAAACAAAUUAAGAAAAGUCAUAAAAUGCAACCUCUCAUUUACAUCAUCCCACAUAGAGUAAUCAGUGUACAGCACUUUGGCUACCCCUGUGGUAAAGUUUAAAUGUGCUUUAUAAAUAAAUUUGAUUUGAUUUGAUUUGAUACACAAAACGUGCUCUUGUUCACAUCUGUCAUCAUUUGCAAAACUAAUUAUGAUUUUAACAGACACCUCACAAUUUAUAACAACAUCGCUCUCAUGGAUAAAUAUAAUACACAUUAAGUUGAUGUGUCAAUCAUAGU